AAGCACGAAAGGAGAAGUCAGAAGAGACGUUUAUCAGACAUUGGCAGCUCUGAGCUUCUUCUUUUGCUCGUUUGUGGAUGGUCACUCUCCCCUUCCUGUUGGAGCUUCCUUCACGGACAGGCAGGCAGGUCCAGAAACUGGACGGCCCUGGGAACUCCUGGCCGCUUGGACAUGGAGAGGCUGCUGCUGCUGCCCCUGCUGUGGGCGGGGUCCCUGGAGAAGGAAUCACCAUACCAGCUGCAAGUGCGGGGACCAGUGACAGUGCAGGAGGGUCUGUGCGUCUCCGUGCCCUGCAACGUCUCCUACCCUCCACUUGGCCGGGCCGAGUCCACACGCGUUUACGGGGCAUGGUUCCGGAAAGGGGAUAGACUCCAAGAGGACGUCCUUGUGGCCACAGACAACUCAGCCCGGGGUGGAAAGAAGAAGAGAAAUAUCCCAUUCCACCUCCUUGGGGACCCCAGGGCCAACAACUGCUCCCUGGGCAUCGCAGAGGCCCGCAAGAGGGACAGUGGAAACUAUUAUUUUCAGCUGACACGAGAAGCUGCGGAACACAAUUACAAGAAUAACCAGCUCACUGUGAACGUGAUCAGUACGGAAGGGUCCCCGGGAGCCGAAGUCAGGGAGGGUGGGAAGGAUGGACCCUGCCCCUCCAUCUCUGAGGGUGGUGGGGGACAGUGGCCCACAGUCAGGCCAGGGUGGGCACACACAGGGGUCCCCCUCGGGGUCUGGCCUCUCCGUCUCUCCUCUCCAGCGCUAACAUGGACCCCUGAUGUCCACAUCGAGGAGCCCCUGGAGUCCGGCUCCAGCAGCCACCUCAAAUGCUCCCUGCCUGAGGCCUGUGACUGGGCCACGCCCCCCACCAUCUCCUGGACCGGGGCUGCCCUCAGACCCCUGGGACUGGACUCCAAGGAGGCCUAUAACUCCUCGGAGAUCCUGCUCACCCCCCGCCCGCAGGAUCAUGGCUCGAGCCUCACCUGCCGGGUGACCUUCCGCAGGGCUUCUGUGAGCGCGGAGAGGACUGUCACGCUCAAUGUGUCCUAUCCUCCGCAGAAGCUGACCAUCAGCAUCUCCAGAGGAAUUGGCACAGAGCUGAAACACCUGGGGAAUGGCUCAUCUCUUCCGGUUCUGGAAGGAGACUCUCUGCGCCUGGCCUGCGACACCGACAGCAACCCCCCGGCCACACUGAGCUGGUCCCAGGGGAGCCAGACCCUGAGCCCCUCACAUCCUUCAAGCCCUGGGGUCCUGUACCUGCCCCGAGUGGAGUCGGGCCACGAAGGCGAACUCACCUGCCGAGCUCAGCACCCUCGGGGCUCCCUGUGGAUCUCUGUGCAUCUCUCUGUGCAGACACCCCCGCAGCUGCUGGGCCCCUCCUGCUCCCAGGAGGAUGAGGGUCUGCGCUGCAGCUGCUCCUCUCGAGCCCGGCCGGCCCCCUCCCUGCACUGGUGGCUGGGCGAGGGGCUGCUGGCGGGGGAGCUCAGCAACGCCUCCUUCGAGGUCACCUCCAGCUCCAACGGGCCCUGGGCCAACAGUUCCCUGAGCCUCCGCGAGGGGCUCAGCUCCGGCCUCAGCCUCAGCUGCGAGGCCCUGAACGUCCACGGGGCCCGGAGCGGGUCUGUCCUGCUGCUGCCAGGGAAGCCCAGGCUUGGAGGGGAAUUUGUUCUGGGGGCCAUCGGGGGAGCUGGCGCCGCUGGCCUGCUCAGCCUCUGCUCCUGCCUCAUCUUCUUCAGAGUGAAGACCUGCAGGAAGGCAGCCCGUGAGAAGGAUGAACCUGGCACACUGGGUCCCACCUCCCAGGGUUACCAGGAUGAGAGUCCUCCAGGCAGCCCCCUGGCCUACCUGCCCCCAGCCGUGGCCACCCCCCUCUCAGGGGAGGAUCAGGAGCUUCAUUACGCCUCCCUCAGUUUCCUAGAGCUGAGGCCCUGGGAGCCUCGGGACCAGGCCGCCAGCAGCACCACCGAAUAUGCAGAGGUCAAGAUCCUUAAAAGAUGAUCCCGCCACCCACAACCUUCUGCAACCUGUGGUUGGGGGACCCAGGGCUUCUCAGGGAAGAGAGACAUCAGGGACGAUGCCUGAGAGAACAAUUUUCCAUGUACAUGGGCUACCAGCUAGCAUACGCGAGUCCCACUGGUGGGGUGAUGGGCAGAACUGGGCUCAUGUUUCAGACGCGUUACCAAACACGCGUGCAAGUUUGAGCGAGUCACCUUCUCCCUUCUCAGUCUCCCGCUCUGUAAAAUGGACACCACAAACCUAACUCACAGGGUGGUCGUGGAGCAUCAAGGCAGUAAUUAACGUAUAGUGUCCCACGGAGGUGAAUAUGCAAAGGGCAUCUCACCCACGCUUAAACCUCUUCCCAGGACAACCUGCUAGGAUAAAGGUCUGGCAUGCUGGGCCAAAUGGGGACCACUCUGCAGGGCUAUCUAGCUCCAGAGGUGCCUCCCCCCACCCCCAAGCCUGAGCAGAGGUUGUCAUUAGGCAGGAUCACAUCUCUAGGCCCCACGUAGCCCGCCCCUCCCUUCCCUUCCACCGGGACUCACCCCUGGGGCACUUCCUGCGAACACACUGCAAACUGGUCUUUCUCUGAGCCUGCUUCCUGGAAACCCAACUUGUCUAUUUUCUCAGACACAAAAAUCAUUCACUGAUUAUCUGAAAUAAAUGACAAGGGUUCUUUUUAA